CUCAUCGGAGGCUGCCGUUCUGCUGCUGAAUUGAAACUAUCCAGACAGGUUGCUGAGCGUUUCCAUUUCGUGGUGUACACAGCCUUCUCAGAGCUGGGAGCUGGACAUUGGCACUCUGGGGACUUCUGGAUGCUUGUGCUGCUGGUGGUUUUGCUUUGGUUUGUGAGACUUUACCUGCAUUAUUUGAGCCAAUGGCUCUUCCUUCAGUCCAUCUCAGUUCCUGUCACAAAAUUCCAGAUUUUUCCUCACACUGUUGAACUAUGCUACCAGAACUCCUUGCUGAGGACCAGUGAAGAGUUGAUCAUGGUUGUGGUGGGACCCCUAACCUUGAAUGCAGGGCUGCUUCUUAUGGUCCUGAUCAGAUGGGGCUGUCAACAGCUGUUUGACUCAUUCCCUUCCCUCUUGUCAAAGUUUAUCAUAGCUAUGGGACUCUGGACAAUGCUAGACCCCUUGGCAGUGUUCACAGUGGAUUCAUUCCUGGGGCGACUUGGGAACAGUGUAGAGAAACCUAUUGCUGAUGCUGCCAAGCUCUCUUGGGUCUUUCUAAGAGCAGAGGAGUCGUGGAUUCCUGGAGCCUUAAUCACUGUGAUGCUUUAUACAAUCAUAUUCAUCAUCUCAUCAACAGUGUUGUAUCUGUACUUUUUAAGGCUACACAGGGAAGGCUGGCUUUUGGAUGUAUUUCAACGUCUUCAUGGUGAGGAAGGCACAUUCUUAGUUCCACUGGACUUAGAGAUUUCCGGUCAGGAGCUGAGCUACAUUAUGAAGAGGGCUGAGCAGUGGAGAGGAAGCAAUGGUGAAAGACGAAUGGUCCAUGCCAGCAAGCCUGGUGUCUCCAGCUGUGACCCCCAGCACCAGGAUGAAAUCCCUGACUCUGCAAUUACUUCAAGAGAUAGCACCACUGUUCACAUCUCUGUCUACACUGUUCACCUCAGCGGCUUCCAGGUGCUUUACAGACACUUCCUCAGGCUACCUGAUGGGGCUAUCAUUGAGGCAUUUGGUGAUAUUACUGGAGAAAGUCUUCUGUGUAAUGAAAUGAGCACAGCCCAGGAGCGCAUAUGCAAAAUGGGCAGCGUGCUGCAUACAUCUUCGUCUAUCAAGUUGAGGGAGAGGAAGAGUACCACAAGGUGGAAAGGAAAUCACAUUGUCUCCAACAAGAGCUAAUUCCUGCAGUAAUGCACAGUCCACAGAGUUGUUUACAUCCUGACCCACAUCCAUAGUAUGGUUACUGUCUGACAGGAUUUACGGUUCUGAAGUCCACACCUCUGUGUGUACAGUGUUGUCCUACAAAUGCUCUGUUCAUAACCCUUCUGUGACUUCAACAAGCUUUUCAGUAUGGUGAGAUCACUGGAUCAUAUCAUAGAUUGGAUCAUGUAAAUAUUUUUUCUAAAGAUUUUUCUUCCCUUACCUAAUAGUGGGACAUUCCUAGAUAGGUUUGCUUGCUCCUGCUUUUUCAGAUUUGCUUGUACCCACUAAUGGUGGUGGUGGCAGUGAAAAUGUUGCUGAUUUGUCUUUCAAUUUUCAUGACUAAAAUGUUGACAGUGUUUUCAGUAAUUGUUCAAAGCACAACACUAUUGUAAUUGCAAGGCUGCAAAGAUGCCCAGAAGAGGAACAAUGAUGGCUUCAUGCCACCAGUUCUGUAGCCAAGCCCCAACAGGCUGCAAAAUUUACAAGAUCCCAGAGAAGAUCAUUUUGCUGGGGUCUUAACACUGAUCAGAUCUGCUUCCCUAGGAGCUAUACCAGCUUAAAGCAUCCUGGAGGUUACCCUCAUGCUUUCUUAGUAGUGUUAAAUUAUUGCUUAUUAGUUUGAACUGGUUAGUGCCUAUUCUAUUUGGCUUCAUACAAAUACAUCCAAAAUUAAGUUCAUGCCCCAAAGGCAAGGACUAUGAGAGACAACAGAAGGAUAAAUUGGGAAGGGGAACAAAGACAAGAAAGGUGAAGUCAUUUGUCCAAUGCCAUCAAAGUCAGAAGCAAAUGCAGAAAUGAAGGGCAGACUGCCAAUGCCCUGACUCUUGGUCUUCCCUGUAGUAGGAUCCUUUUUGUCCUAAAAAUGCAGAUGGAAAAGGGAAAAGUCUUACUGUCCUAUUUUGAAUCAUUCAAGUAAAACACUGUAAUCAAUUAACAUAGUGACAUUUUUCUAACACAGAUGACUUCUGGUGUUUGUUUGUUCACACUGGAAUGGCAAAACUUUUAAAGAUUAAUUUACCCUUGUAAGAUCAUUCCCAAUGUCUUGAACAUUGUUGAUUAAUUUUGGUACUUAAAUCUAUGGUUCUCCUCCAUCUGAAUAAUCACUAAAUGACAUGUAACCUGGAGGUUUAAAUGUCACUUCUGAAAACAGUUUUUCUUUGGGUUUGCAAGGUAACAAUUUGUUUUCUGCUUUUUGGUCUUACUUGAAUAGAUUUCUGUGCAUGUACAUAUGUGUGUUUUUAUGAGUUAAUCGCAGGAAGAAAUGCUGUUAAAAAUCUUCUGAAUGUCUGCAAGAUGUGAUGUGAUUUUUGUGGGUUAUGUUGCCUCAGAUAUUAUUUGAAUGACUUUUCUCUGUUGUAACAGGAAUAAAUUUGCCUUUUUAAUGUU